AGAAGAAGGACUUCCGCUGGCGGUGCUAAUGUUAGCUUGAAGCUAGGUUAGCAUUAACGUUGUAUUUCAAAGUGUAGCCUCCUUUCUAGUUGUUGCCAUGAAUUAAGACUAAACUGCCGGUUCCGUUAAACGUCUGGCGGCCGGUCGGACAGAGAGGUGUCAGACAUGUAUACCUCGGGGAAAUACAGCUCCCGGGGCCCGGCUCUCAUCCCGCGGAUGAAAACCAAGCACCGCAUCUACUACAUCACUCUCUUCUCUGUGGUGCUGCUGGGACUAAUCGCCACCGGGAUGUUUCAGUUCUGGCCUCACUCCAUUGAGUCGACAGCUGACUGGACCCUGGAUAAACGCAGUGUUCAUGACGCUCCUUUGAUCAGACUGCCUGUCUCCAGUCCCAUCCCUGAGAGAGGCGACCUCAGCUGUCGCAUGCACACGUGUUUUGAUGUAUACAGAUGUGGCUACAAUCCUAAGAACAGAAUAAAGGUCUACAUCUACCCUCUGCAGAGGUUUGUGGAUGAAUUAGGAGUUCCCAUCAGCAGCACUGGACUGUCUCGAGAAUAUAACGACCUGCUCAGUGCCAUCUCGGACAGUGAUUUUUACACUGAUGACAUCACCAGGGCUUGUCUUUUUAUCCCGUCUAUUGAUGUGCUGAAUCAGAACUCCCUGCGGAUCAGAGAGACUGCCCAGGCUCUAGCGAUGCUACCCAGAUGGGACAAAGGGAUGAAUCAUCUACUUUUCAACAUGUUACCUGGAGGCCCUCCUGAUUACAAUACUGCCUUGGAUGUGCCCAGAGACAGGGCGCUGCUGGCUGGAGGCGGUUUCUCUACAUGGACAUACAGACAGGGUUAUGAUGUCAGCAUCCCAGUUUACAGUCCCCUUUCUGCAGAUGUUGAGCAGCCUGAGAAACAGCCUGGGCCACGGCGCUACUUUAUCCUGUCUUCUCAAACUGCCAUUCACCGAGAGUAUCGUGCUGAACUGGAGCGUUUGAAGGAAGAAAAUGGAGAAGCGCUGCUCCUACUGGACAAGUGUAGCAACCUCUCCCAGGGUGCUGCCUCAGCACGAAAACGAUGCUACAAAGGCCAGGUGUAUGACUACCCACAGAUCCUGCAGGAGUCUUCAUUCUGUGUAGUGUUGCGAGGGGCACGUCUGGGUCAGGCCGCCCUCAGUGAUGUGCUGCAGGCUGGCUGUGUCCCCGUCAUCCUGGCUGACUCCUACAUUCUGCCAUUCUCUGAAGUACUUGACUGGAAAAGGGCAUCUGUGGUUAUUCCAGAGGAGAAGCUGUCAGAGAUGUACACCAUCCUAAAGAGUAUUCCUCAUAGACAAGUUGAAGAAAUGCAAAGACAGGCACACUGGUUCUGGGAGGCCUACUUCAGCUCCAUGAAGGCUAUUGGCUUGACGACGCUCCAGAUCAUCAAUGACCGCAUUUACCCAUAUGCUGCCCGCACUUACGAACAGUGGAACAAUCCACCUGUAGUGAAAUGGUCCAGUGUCAACAGCCCUCUGUUCUUGCCACUUAUACCACCAAGGGCUCCAGGGUUCACAGCAGUGGUACUAACCUACGAUCGUGUUGAGAGUCUUUUCCGGGUGAUCACAGAAAUCUCCAAAGUGCCAAGCUUGGCAAAACUCUUGGUGGUGUGGAAUAACCAGAACAAGAGUCCUCCUGAAGAGUCUCUUUGGCCAAAGAUCGGCGUCCCUCUCAAAGUUGUGCGAACCAAAGAGAACAAGCUGAGUAAUCGCUUCUUCCCCUAUGAUGAAAUCGAGACAGAAGCUGUGCUAGCCAUCGAUGAUGAUAUCAUUAUGCUGACAUCCGAUGAACUGCAGUUUGGCUACGAGGUAUGGAGAGAGUUCCCAGACAGGCUGGUGGGCUACCCAGGGCGGCUGCACCUCUGGGACCAUGAAAUGGGGAAGUGGAAGUAUGAGUCGGAGUGGACCAAUGAAGUCUCCAUGGUUCUAACUGGAGCUGCCUUCUACCACAAGUAUUUCAACUAUUUGUACACAUACAAGAUGCCAGGAGACAUCAAGAACUGGGUGGAUGCUCACAUGAACUGUGAAGAUAUUGCAAUGAACUUCCUAGUGGCGAACAUCACAGGCAAAGCCCCGAUAAAGGUGACCCCCAGGAAAAAGUUCAAGUGCCCUGAAUGUACUGCAAUUGAUGGACUGUCCCUAGACCAGACGCACAUGGUGGAGAGAUCUGAGUGCAUCAACAAAUUUGCAUCGGUUUUUGGAACAAUGCCUCUGAAGGUGGUGGAACACCGUGCAGACCCAGUGCUCUAUAAAGACGACUUUCCAGAGAAGCUCAAGAGCUUCCCCAACAUUGGCAGCCUCUGAUCAGCCUGUAACAGAUGUUUGGGCCUCCUCACUGCCUCAGCACUUCAACACUUGUCACCAACAUUGUCUUUUAUAUCAAGAUGUCAGUAUUCAGACUAAAGUGGUUCGUGCUCACGUGCACUCUCAGUUCAUGUGACUUCCUGGAGAUUUUAUUGAGUUUGAUAAGAGCAAAUUGUUUAUUUGGCUUAAAGGUAUUGUCCAACAUUUACCAAUUGUAGUUCAUAGGAUAAUGUCACCUGAACUACCGCUGAGGGUCACCCUGGGUCUGAUCGUUGAUGGACAGGCUGACUGACUGGAGGCUUGUGGUCCGUCACUCUCACUGUUUUGGAGCAGGAUACUUUGGGCUCCAGCUGCUCUGGAAUCAGCGUAUACAGUGUAUAUAUUUGUAUUUUGCAGCAGUGCUGUAUGAUAGUUAUAAUUUAUGAUGCUCCAACUAGAAUUUUAUUUUCUUCUCUCUCCCCCCCCCUUUUUAAAAGCUGACAUGUAUAAUUUUAGCUGUACUAUAUUAAAAGAAAAAAGUAAUAAAUAUGUAACUUAGAUGAUAUAUAGUAAAUGGUUCACUGACAUCUAUUAAGACUUUAUUCGACACUUAAUUGAAUGUGAUCGCACACAGAUGAUGUACAGUAAAUAUGUUGUGUUUCACAUGAUCAGAUUGGACCAUUAGACAAAGCUGGUACCAUAAAUCUAAUAUUUAGAGUGAGUAACUGCUGAUUUUGAAAGUGAUGCUGAGCUACUGGAACAUCUUGAAUUGUAAUUUUAUACUGCCUGACCAAGCCUUUCCUUGUGUGUGUGAAAAGCAGUGCUGCUUAUUGAAGCAUCUACUAGGUCAUUUUCUGAGUUAUGUGUUUGGCCGCUACAUAAGCAAAAGCAGUAAUGAAUUGCUUGCCAUACAUUUGAAGACACACUGCACAGUGUAACAGACAAUUCCAGUAUCCACAUUUUUUUUCAAAACAGGUGCUGUGGAUGCUUUGUUUUUUUAUUUUUUUCCAUUUUACCUGUCUUGUGCUUUUUAUCUCUAGUUGUCACAGCUCCAGUAUUUAUGCUGUAACUUUAAGAACAGUGCAGUCUUCAAGAUGUUAUCAUUGCCUUGUGAUGUUUUUAUUUGCCUUUCUUAUUGUUUUCACAAGGACAGUGAAAUUCUUCCAAUUUUUUGACUGAGUUUAUGCAUCUAAAUGUAUAUAUGACUUUGUAAUACAUAAUAAGUAAAGACCACAGUAACGUG